AGCGGAUGAAUUGGCAAUGAGAAGGAUCACCGUCAUUCCAAGUGCACACGAUCGCCCACAAGCUCGUAGCACCCUGCUUCAUGUCCGAGGUUGUGCCUCCUCGCCUCGUGGCCCUUGACGCCAGCUACAGUAUUCACCAGCGUUACCGAGGCGCCAAACAAAGAACGUUGCCAUCAGGUCCGAUGCUCGGUACGAAGUCAAUACUAGUGUGACCCUCUCGCAUAUUGUCGAGCAGAUCUUAUAGCUUAUAGCGAUCUUCCCGCGAGGACGUGGACACGCGAUCUUUGCGCGGCCCCACCGGAUAUUGACAGCCUACUUAUCCGGAUAACGACCAAGAUUCUCGGAAUAACGAAAAAAGCCCGACCGGCCGUCAAGAUGCAAGGCCUCGACGACGAGUUCCACGAGCCCUUGGUGGACGCGCCGCCCCGCGUGUCGCCCGCCAGCGCACCGACGACCGCUGGUUACGCCAACGCGCCCAAGCAGGUCAACGUGCCGUACGGCCCGUCCACGGCGUACACGGUGCCGCAAUACGACCCAUCGGACGCGUACGCAGGCAUGGAGCAUGGCGGUAGCAGCUGGCCGCGCGGCAAGACAACCUCGGAUCGCUCGGCGCUUGGCGCACGCCUCGAUGUGUGGGUCAGCGGGAUCUACACUGUCGUGGCCGCGCUCACGAUCAUGCAAGGCUUUGGCAUCAUGCUGCACUUCAGCAUUUCGGCGAUGCUUCUCGGGGCGUACCUCAUGGCCUUUGGGAUGGGCCUCAUCUUGUACGACCUCAAGAGCGUCGUAUACGGCGUGAGCCUCGAGCUUUGGUUCCCGUUCCUAGGCAACUACCUCGGGCGCGGCUUUGUGCUCCUCUUCCUCUACGCGCUCAACGCGCAGGAUUUUCAGUUCUUCCAGCUCCCGACAUGGAUCUCGGUCCUCGAGGCGAUUGCCGCCGGGCUCCACUUUGCCAUCUUCAGCACGACGCAGCCGCAGUAGGAUACGCCAUAUGCGUAGGGCCCCCUACGUCCAUUUGGAAUGUGCGAAUAUAUUUGUGUUGCAAAUUGUAUGGAAAAUGUCGAAAAUAAAAC